ACUAGACCCGACACAUCAUCACAACCAUCCACGUCAUUAAAAACAUAACCCAAUACAUGUACCAAACCCAUGAUCCAUACAAAUUGUCCGCCACAGCCCAAGACCACCACCAUACUCCUCAAUCGGCUCCCCUCCGCCGUCGCUUCCCCCAAAUCCACCACCGCCACUUUCUCCUCCUUACUCUCACCUCCUGCCGCCCUAACUCCAUCUCCAAAAAUCUUGUGUCAUCUCCGCACCGACCACCAAUGGGGAUCCAUCUCGACUCCUCUCAACCCGUCGACGAACCCCAAAUCUCGCUUCGUUGACAAAUCGGCGGUAACAAGAGCAGACUCUCCUCCUUCGAUUGCAUUUCUAGCACUCUCUCCUUUCCAACUCGUUGGCGAACCCAGAUCUCGCUUCGUCGCCAAGAGGCGGCAACAGGGUCAGACUCUUCUCCUUCCUCCAACAACGGAUCGUCUUCCUCCAAAUUUCCCCGACUUGAGCAUCCGUCCGAUUUCUCCGGCUGCGAGUUUGGCUGCUUCUGCGGUGGAUCCAUCAACCUAGACUUAGUCUUCCCUUUGAACAAAUUGGACUUCCUCUU